GGUCGAACUCGCAAACCAUGAGAUCACGACCUGAGCCGGAGUUGGACGUUUAACCGACUGAGCCACGCAGGUGCCCCGACGUUAAGUUUCUUAGUGCGAUGAUGGUCUGUGGUCAUGUAGAAGAAUGGCUUUAUUUCUGGAUUCGUGUGGGGUGAACUCCAUCCUGCUGCAACUUAUUUUUAAAUCAUUCAGCCUGGAGAGUAUGUCAUUUACAGGUGCAGAAAAAGAGAACCAAGGAUCUAAGUGAAGGGUACACAAAGCGUAUGUUUUACUGUUCCUUCAACUUUUCUGGAAGAUUAAAACAUUUCAGUAAAAUGGUGAGGUGUCCUUGAACCAAUGCACAGGUAAGGUGGAUGUGGUCCCUCCGUACAAUGGAAUAUCACCCAGCUGUGGAAACGAUGUGCUGAUGGGUGCUAUGACGUUAUGGAUGUCGACAACACCGUGUCAAGCGAAAGAUCCACACGUGAGACGCGAUGUGUCCUUUUUGUUCCAUUUCUACGCAGAUGCCCACAUAGGACAGACCAAGAAGACUGCCAGAACAGCGGUAGCUGGGGGCCAGUGGCGACAGGGUGGGAGGUGCCUGAAAAGGAACAGUGUCUUGGUGGUGUGAUGGAAUGUGGAAUUGGAUGGUGGCCGUGGUUGCUCAAGUGCGGGUAGGCCACCAACCACCGAGAUGGACGUUUCCAAAUGGGGAAUUGUUUCGUAUGCCGACUCUAUCAGGAGAAAAGCAUUCAGAAGGAAAGCGUUGCUGCUGUUCUGCCACGGGCUCGCUCGGUGCCGGGUGCUGCCUGCCGGGUGGAGGGAGGUCUGGGCGUGAAGCCGGUCGGUCGGGCCGCCCUCCAGGGUGGGUUACUCGUCACCUCCUGGCUCUUCUUGUGUCCAGGACGUCUGCUUGUGUUCUUAAGGUUAAAGACCGAGGUCCAGAAGCCACAAGAAGAUUUUUUAAUUGGUUUUAUUGGAGCAUUAAUCUGGGAGCAAUCAUUUCCCUGGGAGGCAUUGCCUACAUUCAGCAGAACGUGGGCUUCGUGACCGGCUACCUCAUCCCAGCGGUCUGCAUCGGGGUGGCUUUCCUGGUCUUCCUCUGUGGCCAGAGCGUCUUCAUCACCAAGCCGCCCGAUGGCAGUGCCUUCACGCAUGUGUUCAGGAUACUGGUGUAUUCGUGCCGUCCCCAGAAGCGGAUCGGAGAGCACGGUCACAGUGGUGAAGGCGUUGGAGCCCUUCAGCACCCUUCUAAACACAGUCUGUUUGAUUCAUGUAAGAGGUCUCGCGGAGGGCCGUUUACGGAAGACACGGUGGACGACGUGAAGGCCCUUGUGAAGAUCGUCCCCGUCUUCUUGGCUUUGAUACCCUACUGGACCGUGUACUUCCAAAUGCAGACAACGUAUGUUCUGCAGAGUCUUCACCUGAAGAUUCCGGCAAUUUCCAGCCUCACGGCCACUCCUCACACGUUCCCGGCGGCCUGGCUGACCAUGUUCGACGCGGUUCUCAUCCUGCUGUUAAUUCCCUUGAAGGAUAAACUGGUUGAUCCCAUUCUGCGAAGAAACGGCCUACUCCCAUCAUCCCUAAAAAGGAUUGCCGUUGGAAUGUUCUUUGUGAUGUGCUCUGCUUUCGCUGCAGGAAUUUUGGAAAGCAAAAGGCUGGACCUUGUUAAAGAGAAAACCAUUAACCAGACCAUCGGAAGAGUCGUGUAUUACGCUGCCGACCUGCCCAUAUGGUGGCAGGUCCCACAGUACGUGCUGAUUGGCGUCAGUGAGAUCUUUGCAAGUAUAGCAGGUCUAGAGUUUGCCUACUCGGCGGCCCCCAAGUCCAUGCAGAGCGCCAUCAUGGGCUUCUUCUUCUUCUUCUCUGGCGUCGGCUCGUUCGUGGGCUCUGGACUGUUGGAGCUGGUGUCCAUCAAAGCCAUCGGCUGGAUGAGCAACCACACAGACUUCGGGAACAUCAAUGGCUGCCGUCUGGACUAUUACUUCUUCCUCCUGGCCGCCAUCCAGGGAGCCACCCUCCUGCUGUUCCUCGUCGUGUCUGUGAGGUACGACCGUCCGCGGUCCCGGGCCAUCGGUGCGCCCGCCGGCCGGAGGACCUGACGGCCCCGAGGCCGCGUCCACAGGACGGAGGGGGGCCGUGCGCCGUGCCGGCCGGGCCGGGGGACUCGUGGUCGCCGUGCAGGGGCGGCCCCUUCUUCCCUUGCCUUCUCCCAGAUGAGCUGGGUAAGUGCCUUUCCGUGGUUUCCCCCCGGGGGCAGAAGCCGAGCCCCGCCAAUGGGGACCCGCGGCGGAGCCGACCAGGGCCCGAGACCGCGCGUCUGGUCUGCGUCCUGGCACUGGUAGCAGAUGCUGUGGCCUCCUGCCCGCAGAGACCGUAUCCUCUCGCUUUGUUUCCUUGUGCUUGAGAAGCGUUCGCUCAAACCUUGAACGGGAGGGCUUUUCAGGAGACAAGAACGUGGGCAGGUGCCGCAAGGACUUGGUGUGAAGGUCACGUCUGCGGUUUCGCUCGUAAGCCGCCGAGCUCGCCAGUGCCGGGUUCUUCCGUGGCGAAUGUGUUUUAUCCGCGUCUUCAGAAACUUACUUUUAAACCAUCGACGAUUGUUUUCUCACGAAAGAACGUGCGUCGAGAAACGUUGAAGGCCGUGUGACCUGUCUCAGGCGAGCAGGCGCCCUGAGGGGGUGUGAGCCUUGUGUCGUCUGUCCUGACGUGUCAUCCCAUCCUGGGCGCCGUCGAGGGCGAAGACUGGUCACCGAGGCGGUCGGGGAGCCUCACUCUGAGCGGAACUCGAGAUUCAAGGCCGCCGGCAGUGUUAAAUGUCCCGAGCGCGCUUGAACCGUUGGGCGGUCUGUGUCGUCGUUUCACGUGGCUGUGAGGGUUCUGAUUUUGUUAAAUAAACUACUCUUUCUUUGUUGCUGUA